AUGGCAGACUUUAAAUCCAAACCGCCAUGCAAGUUUAUACCUCAAUUCACAAACAACGAGCAGAAGAACUGUUACAAUCUGUUCAAGGAACUUCAAGACACGCCGAAAACAAACGGAGAACUAGCGGUGUCCGGGUCUCCAGUGCCAAUCGGACAACUAACGCCGUUUUUGGUAGCAAACCAGCAUCCAAGGCAGAUGAGCAAUAACACACCAAGAAAGCAGCGACAACAUGACCACUCACCGCUCUCCCCUUCAAUACAGCCCAUAUUCAUUCUUCCAAACGACCACGAUAGAGAUAUGAUGUCUUACACAGAAAUUCAGAGGUUUCCGUCUGAGUUCAACCCGAGACAGGCGGCGAACAUGCCUCACAAAGAAAAAGUCGACAAAUGGAUAGUCAACGUUCCCGCUUAUCCUCACCAGGGCAAGGAGACAUGGUAUAACGAGUGCUAUCCGUCGGUGGUGGAACUGUCGACUGCGUCGACACCAGAAGAGUCAGACGUUGAUUUCACAAGCCACCAAGACAUAAUCGAGUUUCAGUCAAGAAUGAUCACUUUUCUUGUGAACCGCUCGUAUUACAACGACCCCACCGAAGAUAUCAAUCGAGGCGAGGAGUUCGAAGAAGCGAAUUUGGCUGAGUACUCAUACGAGACAAACGAAGCAGACUUUAAUUACCACGACGGUAUUUACUAG